GCUUCUGCUGCUUCCGCGGCCAGCGUCGGCGCUAUCGCGGAAUCGGCCCGUUCGUCCUUCCCCGCCCGAAGCUACGAAGCGGCGCCUUCCCCCGUUCUCCCUUCCUCCGGCGCCGUGGCAACGAAACGCGGGCCGAGACCGCGUCGAAAUCUCUCCGCGCGCUUGCGAGUGCAGUUUACGCAGAGUAGCGAGCAGUUGCCGUGUAACCCUUCGGUAGAUAGAGAGUGAGGGAUACAUACAUCACACCCGAGAACUGAAAGCAGAGGAAGUCAUCCACAGACCCCGACGACAGGCAUCGGGCCCGUCGAGCGGCCGUCGCGGGGCGUCUGCUCAGCGUCGCAGACCGGCGAACUUGUGUGCUGUUGUAGGAAAACCCGGCGCAUUGCAACUGUGCGCGUAAAAGCGUAGAGGAGUGUCCGAUCAGAAACGGCAGCAACAUGGCAGACACGACCGUGGCUGCUGCUGCAGCGGCCGCGGCCGCAGCGUCGACGGCCAAGUCCUUCUGCAUCGAAGCCCUGCUCGCUCGAGACUCGGGCCGAGCGACUCCGGCGUCCAAGUCGCCCGGCAGUUGCUCCGAAGGAGACGCUGCUAGUCCGCCGCCGCCCACCGUUCCGGCGUCGGUGGCGGCCGUGGUUGCCUCGCAGGCGGCCGGAAGACUCUUCGGGGCUUUUCCGGGCUACCAUCCAGCGCUUCAGGGGGGACAUCCGUUGUACGGACUUCAGGCCGCCGGUGGGGGUCUGCCUGCUGGUGCGCUGCCUGGACUGCUGCCUGGAAGUGCGUUUCACCCGACGCUGGCUGAACACGGCAUCAAGUCACAUGUGUCCUUAGACUGGUUGGCCAGGACUGCGGGCUUUUACCAGCGACCGGGUGAUGUCAUGUCAGGCCAGCCGCAGGCGGCACUGUUGGGCAAGACGCGGCGUCCGCGGACGGCGUUCACUAGCCAACAGCUGCUGGAGCUGGAGAACCAGUUUCGCAUGAACAAGUACCUUUCCAGGCCCAAGAGGUUCGAGGUGGCCACGAACCUCAUGCUCACUGAGACACAGGUGAAAAUCUGGUUCCAGAACCGGCGCAUGAAAUGGAAGCGCAGCAAGAAGGCGCAACAGGAGGCCAAGGCGCGAGCUUCCGAUAAAGGCGGUGACCAAUGUCGGCAGAGCCCGGCACCGUCCACAGGCAGUGCAACUUCCCAGCCGCCCUCCUCGCAACAGGCGCCACAGCAGCAGCCGCAUCGGCAUCCGCAGCACGCGCCCCCCCAGCAUCGACUACCCUUGAACAGCGGCGUCGAGUACCCGGACUCGCCGGUGGCGCGAGACCUCCACCUGAGACUCCAGCAGCCGCACCAGCAUCACCAUCAGCAGGACAGUGAGAGUGUGUCGUCGCGCGGUGCCAACAGCGACGCCGAGCCGGACGUGGCUUUGUCACCGGGACUGGCGGACUCCAAUAUGGCGCUGUCGCUGUGUUCUCAGCCCACGGGGCGUAGCACAGACCUCAUCUACCGACCUUACGUGGUGUGACGCUAGGCCUCCCGCGGCGAGGAACGUGGAGCGCGUCGCCGUUAGCAUGACGCGCAAAAGUGCAGGCCCUCAGGGUACGAACGAUGGCAUCGCGAUCUCACGGGGCGCCGCCAUGUUUGAAAGCGCAGGCGGCGCCACCUAUCACAAAUGCGGCGAAGCUUUGGUUUGGGCUACGACGCCACGAGAUACAUUGUAGUGCACAUGUAAGUCUAAAUUUCUUAGUUUGUUAAGUCAGUAAGCGUUCACCCAGGUGCACUGCCCACGACGACUGCCUACAAAAUCAAGUGACACGCAACGCCGUAACGCGUCGCUGACAGAAAAAAUUUCCGCGCUUGAGAAAGAUUCAGUCAGUCGCGCUGGCAAACGUGGCGGGGAUAUUCGGCUGGUCGACAGAGUGUACGAAACACCACUCAGUCGGUAAGACCUUCUCACCGUCUGCCCGCACACAAUUCUACGAUAUUUUACUGGUCGCGCGCCCUGCUGCGGCUGCUCCAGCCAGCCGAGGUCAUGGUCAAGUUUGUGUUCUUCCACCAUGCUGAGUGCUGUCUCGAUUCUAGUCGUUCCUACUUUCCCUGUCUUGUCGAACACGGCAGUGGCAUAUAAUUUUCCAGAUUAGACGGUAGUCGGUUUGCGAAGAGUGCUUAUCACCGAGUCCAUAACCGUUGCGAGGCGUGCAGGUGCGGAACUACUUCACAACCACUAAAGACAUAAGGAAAUUUCUCCAAAUUCCCUCGCGUUACACUCAACGAUAGAUAUCACAUGCGCGUUACGUAAAUAAGGAAGACAGCUCAAUAAAUUACUAUUCCGACUCUACCAUUGGCUCGUUCGCGCACAGAUAGUUCGCAGAAAUAGCAACUCUCGGUGCGGUUUGUUUAAUGCCUUACUGGGGUGCAUUAUAUUCGUGAUUAACCAAAAAUACAUCAGUAAUGCGUGUCUUCUACGGAGGCGCCGUCUGUUAGUGCACUGUUACAGCAAAAUACAGUGCGAUGUGUUUUCCAUCUGAAAUAUGGCGCCAAGUUCUCUACGGUGAGAUAAACGCUUUUUUUUUCGGUACAGCAUGUCGCAAUGACUACGAGUAUUUCAAAAUUAUCCUGCAUGUAACAAGAAAGUACUCCACAUAAACGUAGCACAGUCGACUCCCGUUCAUUCGACCCUUGCGGGACCGCAACCUUUGGUUGAAUUAUCCGAAAGGUCGAAUUGACAAACGACGGCAAAAUAAACGAAUUUAGAUAUUUUUAUUGCUUAAAGUGGUCUGUCACUGUCAGCAGACUGCUUGAAUGGAGUAUUAGAGUAACUACACAUGUCGUCGAUGAGGGUCCUAUACAAACAUCAGUGCACCGCAAGUCGCCAUGAUCACUGCAGGACUGGUUGCUGCCAUCACCGUUGUCGCCUAGGAAAGCAGUAGCGCCGUCUGCCGACUUUCUUGUGUUUUCGAGUUUUUAAUGGCCGCUACGCGCAUGAUGGGGCGCCGGUGAAGGGGAUCGAAUUAACCGAAGCGACAUGCUUUCGCUUUCGAACUAAACGAGUUUUCCUCCCAAAGCAAUGGAUGCUUUUUGCCGGCACUUUUCACGGCGUUCGAAUUACGCGAAAAGUCGAACUACUCAGGGUCGAAUUAACGGGAGUCGACUGUAUUAAAAUACACCGUGGAAUGCAAUAUCUGUGCAGAAUUUGAGCGCAAACGAGCACGCAGUUUAGCCGGAUGAACCGUUCAUUCUUGCGUCCCUUGUCUAUACGCAACACCCUUACUAUACAGAAUGGUGCGCCAGUUGGCAUUUGGGAUCAUUUCCAGUGCGCUUACCUCUAUAGCGUUUUGGGGAAGCAGUGGUGUUACAGCAGAACUAUACUCUCCGGAAGCUGUGGUAUACCCGAAAGGAGCAGCAAAGCGAUAUUAUGCGGUUAACAGUGGCGGGAUUACGCAAAGAUUUGCUUCGCAUGAAGGUGAUCAUGGCGAUGACACGCGAUAUUAUUGGAAAAAAUGCAAGGGCGUACAGCCCUACUUCACCAUGGUAGCCGGGUGAUCGCAGCUCCAGGAUUCCGUCUGCUAACUUUAGCAAGAAACUCGAGGAAUGGCCUUUAACCUUCGCCCAGUAUUUCACGUGUCUCCGUUUUGUACGGGACUGCCUCAGCAUAAACUCAAAUUUUAUCAGUCAGCAUAGUAUCAAAGAAGCACGCUACAAAUUUCAAACAGGGUUUGCGAUGUCAUUCACGAGAGUCGCAAUAGAUUCGUUGCGUCGCUAGAUGACAACACUUUUCCCAGUGUCAUCGACAUUGAAGUCAAUGAUGGCGUUUUGGCCUGACGUUCGUGCGUGCAUGCAAUGGCCUCGAGGUGUCGCCGAAGUCGCGUCCAGUUCCUCGUAUCGCGCGGCGAACGCCCGUUUCGAUGAGCGUGUAACGUCGAUCGAAUGUAGCGCAGUAGGAUAUAAUUUAUUCAAUUGUCAUUUUCAUUCAUUUUUUUUUUUUUUGAUCUCGUAAGUUCAUUCUGCAUUCUGCCGGUGCUGUUGUGAAGUUCUUGUGACGGCUUGCUGUGAGGUGAAACAGAUUUCGAUUGAUUUCGCACCCUGGAGUUGAAAUGCAUGAUACAAGUACCGUUAGGAGGUAAUCGCUUUAUUUAGAUAUAGAAGGACUGCACCUUAGUACGACUGAGCAAUAAGUGACGUGCUUCAGUGGCCCGUAAGUGAAUGACCGUAAACGGACAACCGAUGCUUAUUGAGACAAGAAGUUGUGAUUAUUAGGAAAGGAGCUGCAUCUUUCUUUCUGCGCCGCAGGUCAUGCUGUAAAAAGAAGAUAGUGCAAGGCUUGCGUGACUGCUGUCAUUUCUGCAUGGAGUACAAAUUUGGUUUCUGAACUGUCGUCGCAUGAAACAAUUUAUGUGCAAUUUUGUACGGUGAUUUAUGGGACAUCCGUUGAAGUCACGCAGGGACAGUGUCUUCACGUGUUCACAAGUGUUACACGGAAGCAGGUACAAGCAGUUUGGGUGAACACGGAGCGUUCAAACUUAAAGAUCGUUACUUGCACUGAAGUAUAUUUUAUAUUAUCGUGCUUCUGUCGCGUAGAUUAUAAGAAAAGUCACAUUUUGGCAGAAAACAAACAGAUUGAGAGAUAUUUAUUUACAGAAAGGCCGAGAUGUCACCAUAAGAACAAGCAAAGAAAACAAGGCAUAUUUCAUUCAAUGCUGAUAUCCAAUGAAGGUUGCUCUGUUCUCUUGUUUGUUUGUGUGUUUGUUUGUAUUGCUAAAAUUUGACCUUUUUUUUUCUAAUCUAUGCCACAGAAGCACCAGAACAUGAAGUACAGUUCAGUGCGAAUAACUAGCUUUAAGUUCGAACAUUCGUAUACUAACCGUUAUAUACCUUAUUCGGUGGCUUGAAACAUAUUGAGUGGUGAUCUUCUGAACAAACAGUACGCGGAACGUGGCUGACGCAAAUAAUAUACUGAGCGAUAAAAAGUUGGUUUCCGCUGUCACCUCCGGUGCAAUAUUCGCCAUGCAGUGCUAAUGAUGUGACGACGCGAACUGACAACUGCGCUUUCGACAGCCCUUUCAUAUGCGAAUGUUGCGAGUGUUGCAGUCGAUUCGGUUUCAAUUCGCAUUGAAAAAAAAAUUAAGCACUGUGCAGAAUGUCCGAUCUCUGAUGUCGCCUUUUACAGGCUUUGCUUUCAGUGAAUGUGCUCGGAGUCAUUCUUUCUGAGAAACAAAGAAAAAAAGACACUCUCGGUUUCCUUUAAUACCUCAUACUGUACAUAACCU